GGAAGCAUCUAAAGACCGAGGCUGUCAGUGAUAUGAGCCACUGCUCUUCAGUAGCUCAGCAGGACUCUGAUCUCACCAUGUUCAUCAACUGCAAGCUGCCAACGCUGACACUUGUGCUGACUCUCUGUGGUCAAGUUCAUUCAGGAGGAAUCAUUGGAGGCCAUGAGGCUAAGCCACACAGCCGGCCAUACAUGGCGCUUUUAGAGUUGAAAGUACCAGAUAAACCUGAUGGACACUGUGGUGGAUUCCUUCUGAAUGAGGAUUUUGUGAUGACUGCAGCUCACUGUCAAGCCGAGUCCUACAAAGUCUUCCUAGGUCUUCACUCAUAUUUUGAUGUAAACGGAAUACAGGAAUUGCCUGUGGGGAAAACAUUUCCACAUAAAGACUACGAUGGAAAGCAUUAUAAGAAUGACAUAAUGCUUCUUCAGCUGAGCUCCAAGGCAAAAUUCAACGAACAUGUGAAGCCCAUUGCUCUUGCAGCAGAGGACAACGGCCAUCUGCCAAAAUUAUGCUCGGUCUCUGGCUGGGGGAAAAUAAACGAUGAACACGUGUCUCUCAAACUGCUGGAACUCAAUGUAACCCUGACUAACAACAGCCACUGUGCUGGGGAAAAGCUGUACUGCUCUGAGGGACCGACUGGACCAGGAAAAGGAGACUCUGGUGGUCCAUUGGUCUGUGAAGAUGGGAAGGCUUAUGGGUUGGUGUCCUGCAGCAAGAAACCAGAUCCGGAUGGCUCGAUGGUCUAUAGGUAUACGAAGAUACCCGAGUACAAACAGUGGCUCGAUAAUAUCAUGAAACCUAAGGGAAAGUUCUAAUACACGCAACAGCUGAUUGAGCUAAUAUUUGCAGAUAUCAUUUGUGUAACAUUGCUAAAAAAGAAUUUUCAGCACUGACAUGGAAACAUCAACACUGAAGUCUGGAAUCUGAGUCAAAAGGAUAAAAUCAUAUUAUUCUGAUGUGGUUACUUUCAAAGCAAACCUGAUUUCUGAGGAAGUUUUCGCUUUAGAUCAGAAAUACAGGUGUGGUAGCUGCUGAUAUUAGCCUUUGUAUCAUCUGCCCUUUAAUGCAGACUCAAAAAUGCUAAGUGAAAUAUUGCUUUGUUCAUUUUCUUUUUGAUUUGCUUAAAUGAAAAUAUCGGAUUCAUUACAUUUGUUUUUUGUUUGCUUUUUUAACCAAUAAACUGC